AAAAAAUCAACACUUUUUUCUCCCUUAUCCUCCUCCCUCUCCCCCGACUUACUAUUUUCCCCUAAUAAUAAUAAUCAAUCCUCUUUUCGCUUUCAGCAUUCCCGCCCCCCAAGCGUCACCUGCAUACCAAUUGAGGGACCCCGCGGCAUUUCUAGACUUGUCAGCUUCUCUCGCAACCUAGAACUCUUCCUUUCCAUUAUAAUCAGCACCGUCAACAUACACAUCACAAGCGUCUCAAACACGUUAAUAAUACUUCGCCAUGGCGGACGAUAAAGCCGUCGGCGCACCCGCGCUGGAUACAAAUAUCGAAUCGGGCAACUUCGACGAGAAGCGCGCCCAGCCUCCCACUGAGGCCAUCCCUCCCAAGAAGGAUGCUCCCGCUGAAGAGGAGGAGGAAGAUGAGGAUAUUGAUGCCUUGAUUGAGGAUCUCGAGUCCGAGGAUGGCCACGCCUUUGAGGAAGAUGAGGAUGAGGAUGCCAACCCUGCCACUGGACGUGUCGUUCCCGAGGACAUGCUCCAAACUGACAGCCGUCUCGGUCUGACCGAGAGCGAGGUUGUCGCUCGCCGUCGCAAGUACGGUCUUAACCAGAUGAAGGAGGAGAAGGAGAACUUGGUUCUCAAGUUCCUUUCCUUCUUCAUUGGUCCCAUUCAGUUCGUCAUGGAGGCUGCUGCCGUUCUGGCUGCCGGUCUUCAGGACUGGGUCGAUUUCGGUGUCAUCUGCGGUCUUCUGUUGCUCAACGCCUGUGUUGGUUUCAUUCAGGAAUUCCAGGCUGGUUCCAUCGUCGAAGAACUCAAGAAGACCCUCGCUCUUAAGGCUGUUGUCCUCCGUGACGGUACCCUGAAGGAGAUCGAGGCCCCCGAGGUCGUCCCUGGUGAUAUUCUGCAGGUUGAGGAGGGUACCAUCAUUCCCGCCGAUGGUCGCAUCGUUACCGAGGGUGCUUUCCUCCAGGUCGAUCAGUCCGCCAUCACUGGUGAGUCUCUCGCCGUCGACAAGCACAAGGGCGACUCCUGCUAUGCUUCCUCCGCCGUCAAGCGUGGUGAGGCCUUCCUGGUCGUUACCGCUACCGGUGACAACACCUUCGUCGGUCGCGCCGCUGCUCUCGUCUCUCAGUCCGCUGGUGGCACUGGUCACUUCACUGAGGUUCUCAACGGCAUUGGUACAAUUCUGCUGGUCCUCGUCAUCCUGACCCUGCUCGUUGUCUGGAUUUCUUCCUUCUACCGCUCCAACGGCAUUGUCGACAUCCUGCGCUUCACCCUGGCCAUCACCAUUGUCGGUGUCCCCGUCGGUCUUCCCGCCGUCGUUACCACCACCAUGGCUGUCGGUGCCGCCUACCUCGCCAAGAAGCAGGCCAUCGUCCAGAAGCUCUCUGCCAUCGAGUCCCUUGCUGGUGUCGAGAUUCUCUGCUCUGACAAGACUGGUACUUUGACCAAGAACAAGCUCUCUCUCUCUGAGCCCUACACCGUCCAGGGCGUUGACCCCGAUGACCUGAUGCUUACUGCCUGCUUGGCCGCUUCCCGCAAGAAGAAGGGUAUCGAUGCCAUUGACAAGGCUUUCCUCAAGUCCCUCAAGUUCUACCCCCGUGCCAAGAGCGUCCUGUCCAAGUACAAGGUCAUUGACUUCCACCCCUUCGAUCCCGUCUCCAAGAAGGUCACCGCUGUUGUCGAGUCUCCCCAGGGCGAGCGCAUCACCUGUGUCAAGGGUGCCCCUCUUUUCGUUCUCAAGACCGUCGAGGAGGACCACCCCAUCCCCGAGGACAUUGACAAGGCCUACAAGAACUGCGUCGCUGAGUUCGCUACCCGUGGUUUCCGUUCUCUUGGUGUUGCCCGCAAGCGUGGUGAGGGUGCUUGGGAGAUUCUCGGAAUUAUGCCCUGCUCUGACCCCCCUCGUCACGACACUGCCCGCACUAUCAACGAAGCCAAGAACCUCGGUCUGUCCAUCAAGAUGUUGACUGGUGAUGCCGUCGGCAUCGCUCGUGAGACUUCUCGCCAGCUCGGUCUCGGAACCAACGUCUACAACGCUGAGCGUCUCGGUCUUGGUGGCGGUGGUGACAUGCCCGGCUCUGAGGUUUACGAUUUCGUCGAGGCUGCCGAUGGUUUCGCUGAAGUUUUCCCCCAGCACAAGUACUCUGUCGUCGAGAUUCUCCAGCAGCGUGGCUACCUCGUUGCCAUGACUGGUGACGGUGUCAACGAUGCUCCCUCCCUGAAGAAGGCUGAUACUGGUAUUGCUGUCGAGGGUGCUUCCGAUGCUGCUCGUUCCGCUGCCGAUAUCGUUUUCCUUGCCCCCGGUCUCGGUGCCAUCAUUGACGCUCUCAAGACUUCUCGCCAGAUUUUCCACCGCAUGUACGCUUACGUUGUCUACCGUAUCGCUCUGUCCCUGCACAUGGAGAUCUUCCUUGGUCUCUGGAUUGCCAUCCUCAACCGUUCCCUGAACAUUGAGCUGGUCGUCUUCAUUGCCAUUUUCGCCGAUAUUGCCACCCUGGCCAUUGCUUACGAUAACGCCCCUUACUCCCAGACUCCCGUCAAGUGGAACCUUCCCAAGCUCUGGGGUAUGUCCGUUCUCCUCGGAACCGUUCUCGCUGUCGGUACCUGGAUUGCCCUCACCACCAUGUACGCUGGUGGCAAGAACGGUGGUAUCGUCCAGAACUUCGGUAACAUCGAUGAGGUUAUCUUCCUUGAGAUUUCCCUCACUGAGAACUGGCUGAUCUUCAUCACCCGUGCCAACGGUCCCUUCUGGUCUUCCAUUCCUUCUUGGCAGCUCAGCGGUGCCAUCCUGGUCGUCGAUAUCAUUGCCACCCUCUUCUGUGUCUUUGGUUGGUUCAUUGGCGAGCAGACCAGCAUUGUCGCUGUUGUUCGUAUCUGGAUCUUCUCCUUCGGUAUCUUCGCCAUCAUGGGUGGUCUCUACUACUUCCUCCAGGGAAGCACUGGCUUUGACAACCUCAUGCACGGCAAGUCUCCUAAGCAGAACCAGAAGCAGCGAUCUUUGGAAGAUUUUGUUGUUUCUCUGCAGCGUGUUUCUACCCAGCACGAAAAGUCUCAGUAAAUACACUCUAUUACAUACCCGCAGGCUAGUUGGCUUGCAUGUUUCAGUUUUAAAUGUUUAAAUGUACUGUAUGAGUCGUAUCUGAAGAUGGACUCGUCUGAAGUGGAUGAGAGGCAACUUUUCAUACCCUAUGAUGGUCUGAUAGACAGCUAAUGAAGACAAAGUAAAAUAAUGUCACCUUGAUGUGUCUGGUGAAGUUUGAUGUUAUGUCGGCAAAUGUCUUAUGUGAACAAUUGAUUUAUGCUUUGAGGAUGGGCGAGUUAUGAGUUGAUAGUUGACGAAAAUGAAAUGUUUCUAAAU